AUGAAUAUAACGCAUAUUGAACAUCAACUUGAACAUCAAGUGAAGGUUCCAACACCAAACUAUAUGGAUAUCAGUUUGAUGUACGGCAAUGAAUCCGGACGAAAUGCGGAUGUGUAUAGCCUUGCCGAUGUCGAUCUACUUUUUGCGAAUAUUGAACUAGAUAUUUACAUUGACCUUGGCGUGGUGAACAUCAUUCUUAUCGUACUCUAUAGCGCCAUCUUCAUCGUCGGUCUCCUUGGCAAUAUAUUUGUUAUCGUCGCGAUCAUAAAGUUCAAAAGUCUGCGCACGCUAACGAACUACUUUCUUUUGAACCUCACAGUUGGUGACAUAUUGGUUAUAUUGGUUUGCAUACCUGUCACUCUUGGAAGUACGGUGUACAAGAAAUGGAUUUAUGGUCAAGUAUUGUGUAAAUUAACGCCAUUUUGCCAAGGCACGGCGCAACGGCGAAGAACUGUGAAGAUGCUUAUUUGCAUAGUAGUGAUAUUUGGACUUUGUUGGCUCCCAUAUUAUAUUGUAUACUUUUGGAUCGAUGCAAAUUUAAGCAUCGGUGCUGAUAAUGGCAUUCUUACAAAUGUGUAUCCAUUUGUUAUGUUGCUCGGUUUAUCAAACUCGGCAGUGAAUCCAAUCUGCUAUUGCAUUCUUAGCCGUGGAUUUCGAAGGGGGUUUGAUAGUAUAUUGUGCGUUAACUUCUUGAGGAGAGGUGGGAGCUUUUUGCGAUCAUCCUUCAAAAUGAAAUCGACCGCGAGUGGAAGCAUAGACACAGCGGAGGUGUGA